ACAAUGCCUCCUAGCCGACAGGAAGUUCUUUAUGGUGCUGCAGGAACUGUAGGGGGCGCCAUUGCAGUAUGGCGUACUCUGUUUCCAUGGAUCAGGGACGAUUUUACCACCAUGUUAGGGACAAAGAAAAUUAGUGAUAGAACUAAUCAAGACCUAAUUAAUGAAGUGUACCUUAUUGAUAGGUUCGAAAAACAUGCAAAGCAGCACCCCAAAAAGGUGUUUCUGUAUUUCGAGGACAAAGAGUAUAGCUAUGAACUAGUUAACGCCAUGGCAGAUAAGAUUGCAAAUAUUGUCCUUUCUCUGAACCUAACACCUGGUGACACCGUGGCAGCUAUGAUACAGAAUGAACCAUCCUUUGUCUGGACGCUUCUUGGUCUACAGAAAAUUGGUAUGGUGGAUGCCUUCAUCAACUACCACUUAACAGCAGAGCCUCUUCUUCAUUCCAUACGGGCUAGUAAUGCCAAAGUCAUCAUUGUUGGCUCAGGUAUAGGAAUGGUAUUCAAACCAAUCGUGUGA